AUGGAGGCAGCAAUAACACAAUACCAAAAGCUGCAAGCUUCAUUCCAAACAGCUGUCGAGGCACGGCAACAGCUCGACUCGCAGCUGCGCGAAAACGAGCAGGUCGCCAAAGAGUUCAGCAGGCUAAAGCAAGACAACCAGGUGUACAAGCUCAUCGGACCCGUGCUGGUCAAGCAGGAUCAGGUGGAAGCAAAGACCAACGUGGACAAGCGCAUCGAGUUCAUCAAGGGCGAAAUAUCGUGGCACUUCAAAGCAAGGCUCAGCAAGAGGCAGCAACAUCGACUACAUCAGCAGUCGCAGCUUGAAACUUUGCGUCGAUGUAUAUUUGUACACUAG